AGGGCGGAUGGCAGCCAUGCUGAAGUGCGUGAUGAGCGGCAGUCAGGUGAAAGGUGGAGCGGCCUUUGUUGUCUUCCCGUUUAGCAGAGAGAAAAGCAGACGUUAAUAGUAUUUGGGAAAGCAGUUCAAGCUCUAUCACGAAUUAGUGACGAGCUCUGGCUAGACCCAUCUAAAAAAGGUCUUGCUCUAAGAUGUGUGAAUUCUUCUCGGUCAGCAUAUGGAUGUGUCCUGUUCUCUCCUGUGUUUUUUCAACAUUAUCAAUGGUCAGCUUUAGUGAAAAUGAAUGAAAAUGAACUUGACCCAACACUGAAUUUAAAAUGCAAAUUGGGAAUGAAGUCAAUUUUGCCCAUCUUUAGAUGUCUGAAUUCCCUUGAAAGAAAUAUAGAGAAGUGCCAAAUAUUCACCAGAUCUGAUAAAUGCAAAGUAGUUAUUCAAUUCUUCUACAGACAUGCAACGUGGAUAGAACUAGAGGUCACUAUGUUAAGUGAAAUAAGCCAGGCAUAGAAAGACAAGUAUUGCAUGUUCUCACAGUGUGGACGCUAAAAAAGUUGAUCUCAUGGAGGUAGAGAGUAGAAUGGUAGAUACCAGAGGCUGGGAAUGGUGUGUGGGUAUUAAAAGAACUCAUAAUAUAUGUUUUCAAGAAAGUCAGCCUUUGCAAGUUAUUUUUGACAAGAAUGUUUGUACUAAUACGCUAAUGAUUCAACCAAGAUUGCUUGCUGAUGCCAUUGUUCUUUUUACAUCAAGUCAAGAGGAAGUUACUCUUGCUGUUACUCCACUGAAUUUUUGCCUCAAGAGUUCUAAUGAGGAAUCAAUGGAUUUGAGCAAUGCUGUGUACAGUGAGAUGUUCGUUGGCUCAGAUGAGUUUGACUUCUUUCAAAUUGGAAUGGACACUGAGAUAACGUUUUGUUUCAAAGAAUUGAAGGGAAUACUGACAUUUUCAGAAGCUACACAUGCUCCUAUAUCCAUUUAUUUUGAUUUCCCUGGGAAACCUCUGGCUUUAAGUAUUGAUGAUAUGUUAGUGGAAGCUAACUUUAUUUUGGCCACAUUAGCUGAGGAACCAAGUAGAGCAUCUUCACCACAGUCACUGUGUCUUUCACAGAAACGAAAAAGGUCAGAUCUGAUUGAAAAAAAGGCUGGCAAAAAUGUAACUGGCCAGGCCCUGGAAUGUAUUUCAAGAAAAGCAGCACCAAGAAAGCUUUAUCCUAAGAAGACUCUCACAAACAUAUCUGCAUUGGAAAACUGUGGAAGCCCUGCAAUGAAAAGAGCGGAUGGAGAUGUCAGUGAAGUAUCAGAAAGCAGUGUCAGCAACACAGAGGAAGUGCCAGGGUCUCUGUGUCUCAGAAAGUUUUCUUGCAUAUUCUUUGGAGCAGUUUCUUCUGACCAGCAAGAACACUUCAACCACCCUUUCGACAGUCUGGCAAAAGCAAGCGACAGUGAAGAGGACAUGAAUAAUGGCAGUUUCUCUAUAUUCUAAUCCUUAAUGAUGGCUGAGCUGGCCCCCAGCCCAGUGACUGGCUCAUUUGCCCCUCAAGCACGAGUUUGCAUGUUUAGUAUCUAAAAGAGGUUGUCCAGGACUUCCUUUUAAUGGAGGAUGGGCUUUUAAACCACAUCAUCCUGUACAACAACCAUAUCUAGAAAUAGCUGUUUGUCAAGUAUAUGUAACUUGCUUUAAAUCCAUUAUGCUACUUGGGAGGCAGUUGUUUUCUGUGAAGGAAAAAAGCCCAUUAGAGUUCUUCAAUGCAUAUUCACCCUAGAGCUUUUAACAUCUUUGCUAGUUUUAUAAAGGUAUUUAAACUUUAUUCAACAGCCAUUUGGAGUGCCAUCAAGAUGGCUUGAAAUGGAAUUUUGUGAUUUGUAGUCAGGUAUCUUUUGUAUUUGAUUGCAAACAUUUGGAUUUUAGUUUUCUCAUGUAAUACCAUGGCCUUUUUUGUCCAUUGUUUUUUAUAUUUUAAGACUUUAAGUAGAAUAAACCCUGGAAAAAAGAUCAAGAGUAAAAAUAUAUAGUCACCUUCACUUGUUUUUUUUAGAUAGAGUCUCACUUUGUCACUCAGGCUCAAGUGCAGUGGUGCGAUCUCUGCUCACUGCAACAUCUGUCUCCCGGGUCCAAGCAAUUCUCCUGCUUCAGCCUCCCGUGUAGCUGGGAUUGCAGUUGCGUGCCACUAUGCCUGGCUAAUUUUUGGUAUUUUGUAGAGACAGGGUUUCGCCAUGUUGGCCAGGCUGGUCUUGAACUCCUGACCUCAAGUGAUCUGCCCACCUCAGCCUCCCAAAGUGCUGGGAUUACAGACUUGAGCCACCGCGCCCAGCCUGGAGUGUUUUUACAUAUUGUAAAAUUUUAUUUCCUAACCUCAAAUUGUUGAUUUUCAGAUGUGAUUUUUUAUUUUGCAGUGUGCUGCAUAAAAGAAUUUAAUGGAAGUGGUACCAAAUAUUUCUGUAUUAUCUGACAUAGAACAGUAUCCUCCACUGCCAAGACAGCCUGAGUUUGGAGUGGAAUAAGGUGGAAGAUAAAUGUCUCUGUUCUUUGGCUCUUUAAGAGUUAGCUUUUUACCUGCACAAAUGGACUAAAAAAUCUGGCACAAACAUUGUUAUGUAAUGUCUUAUGAUGUGUGCCUCUCCCUCCCCCAAACCUGUUUACAGUCAUUAUAACCUGACAAACGAGACUUUUGUAACAUUGUUACAUCUUUCUGAAACCUUCAAACCGGUAAGGAAGUGUUAACUGGCAAGCAAUUGUACUUUAGACUUUGUGAGAAAUUCAUAAAGGUGGCUGAGUGGAUUAGCCUGCUUUAGAACUGUGAAUAGAGUUCUAACUGAAACCAGAAUGAAUUUGGCUCUUGUAGCUUAGUAAUGAGUCAUAGCUACCCACCAUAACCUAAUAAAAACUCAAGUUCAUCCCAAGACGUUCCUUAGUGAAUGAAAAUGGGCCUUAACCAAGCUUUUUGUGGUAAUUGGCAAUGCCCACAUAAUUUCAACUAAGUCCUUUCAUCACAUGGUAGGGGAAGAUUUAUGUAUCUUAUGCUUACACUGAUGAUUAACACUGAAUUUCUGGUAUUUCUAACAAAUGCAGAUGCCUACACAGGGAGCUUUUAUACACAAGAGUAACUCUGUAGGUCUCUGCUGAGGAUAACAUUUCUGGUUCAUUCAUUGAAAUAGGCAGAGGGGUUUAGGUCUUGAAGGCAUCAUCAUCAGUAAUAGCCUGGAUGCAACACUGGACUAUUAAAGAUAGUUAAUACUGGCAGGGUGUAGUGGCUCAUGCCUGUAAUCCCAGCACUUUGGGAGGCCCAGGUGGGCGGAUCAGUUGCGCCCAGCAGUUCAAGACCAGCCUGGGCAACAUGGUGAGAUCCCAUCUCAACAAAAAAUACAAAAAUUAGCCAGGCACUUUGGAUUUUAGAAUUUGGAUACAGAGUGCUAAGUUGAAAUAGUCAUGUGCUUCAUAACAACGUUUUGGUCAACGAUGGACUGCACAGACAGUGGUGGUCCCAUAAGAUAAUGGAGCUGCCCAAUACAGGUGUACCGUUUUUUUGUCUUUCAUACCAUAGUUUUGCUGAAACAUUUCUAUGUUUAGAUAUACAGAUGCUUACUGUUGUGUUACAACUGCCUACAGUAUUCAGUACAGUAACAUGCUAUACAGGUUUGUCACCUAGGAGCAACAGGCUAUCCAUAUAGCCCAGAUGUGUAGUAGGCUAGACCAUCUAGGCUUGUGUCAGUACACAGUGAUGAAAUUGCUAAGGAUGCAUCUGUCAGAACAUCUCUGUUAAACAACACAACUGUACACCAGAUUUUUUUUGUAGCUUCCCUCUAUACUAUAUGGAAGGUGCAAAGCCUCAGCUGGGAAAAAGUUCUAUAAUUUACAUUCAAUUGUCAGUCCAUUUUGAUGAGUUUCUGAGGAAGCUAAACUGAUGUAGUGAAGCAGCUGGAGCCAGUUAAAGAAGUAGCAUAUAAUCAAUCAGUGCUAGAAUGACUAGGAGGCUUGGAAAUGAGGACCUGAUAGUGACCAACAAACUCAAUGUCAAAGGCUGCUGUCUCAUUUAGUUGCUAUUCAAACCAAAAGAAGCACACAGAUUAGUAUAAAUACUAUAUUUAUUAAAUAUCUUUACAGUUUAUUUAAAUGUAUUUACAGAACUAUUCCUGCAUAAGUUAUAAUUCAGACAUCCAAAUUCAGGUAAUUGCCUCUUGGGUAAUAAGACAAAUAAUGAUAGUCUCAACAGAAAAAAAGCAGCUCAUUAGUAUACACACGGAUUCUAAUUUGCUUCAUUAUUUAGCCAUCUUUGCCACAAACUACCUGCUAACAGUUAAAAUUUUGACACGGACACGUUUUAGUUGAGAAGUUCAAUUUUGCAAAGAACUUAAUUUUAAAUAAAUAGAAUCCAAAUA